CAAAAACGUUUCGUGACAUAAGGAAUACUUACAGUAAACAAUAAAAAGGGGGAAAAAAAUAAAAUAUUUAGUUAUAGUUAAAUUCAGAUAAGUAUUUUAAUUCAAAAUGAAUAAUCCCACAUUACCAGCGGGCAUCCAGAGUACGGCUGGAGCCAUUGCUGUACGAAAUGAGAAGGGUGAAAUUUCUAUGCAAAAGGUAAAGGUGCAACGUUACAUAUCUGGAAAGAGACCCGAUUAUGCCAAAUAUGAUUCCAGUUCUGAGGGUGAAGAUAACGAAGAUUUUUUGGAACAUCGUCGCAGACAAUAUGCUCACCAUCAUCAUGAACGGCGCCAGCACAGAGAAAUCAAAGAAGAACCUCAACGCGAGGACAAAGAGGAUGAAAAAAAGGAAAAUCGAGGCGUGGCAAAAGAGGAUGAGGAAGAAGAUGUGGAUGAUCCACGUUUAAGGCGUCUGCGAGCACGCCCCGUUGAACAGGAUGAAUUGGCCAAGGAGCGCAUGGAACGUCACCGUCAUAUACAUGAACCUGAAUUUCUGGAGGAAAGUGACUCCGAGGAUGAUGAAGAACAACAAGUCGCCAUGCAAAAGGCUACCAAUAAAAUUACGUUGGCUUCUGAGUCCGACUCAGAUUCAGAUAUAAGUGAGUCUGAAUUGGAAAAUAGGCGUUUAAAGUUACGCCAACGCAUGUUGCAGCAACAAAAGGAGGAGGAAAUCCUACAGAAGGAAGAGGAAAAACAAUCAGAAUCUUCGGAUACAGAAAGCUCGGAGUACGAGGAGGAAACUGAAAGUGAGGAGGACAAUGAACCACGUUUGAAGCCAUUGUUUGUGCGUAAAAAAGAUCGUGCCACUAUACAGGAAAAAGAGCGCGAAGCCCAAAAACAAAAGCAAUUGGAAAUUGAGGCAAAACGUUUGGCCAAAGAAAGAAGACGUAAUACUCUGCGUCUUGUCGAAGAGAGUGUUAAAAAGGAUUUAGAGAAAACCAAGAAUGACACUGCCGAACCACAAAUUGAAGAUGUCUGCACAGAUGAUGAGAAUGAUGAAGUAGAAUAUGAAGCUUGGAAAUUGCGUGAACUUAAGCGCAUGAAGCGUGACCGUGAGGAAAGAGAAAAUACCGAACGCGAGAAAUCCGAAAUCGAGCGUAUGCGUAAUCUAGGCGAAGACGAAAGAAGACAAGAAAUGCGUAUCAAUCCCAAAAUCGUUACCAACAAAGCUGUCAAGGGCAAAUAUAAGUUCUUGCAAAAGUACUAUCAUCGUGGUGCCUUCUAUUUGGACGAGGAGAAUGAUGUGCUGAAACGCGAUUUCGCCCAAGCCACUCUAGAGGAUCACUUUGACAAAACCAUAUUGCCAAAGGUAAUGCAGGUUAAAAAUUUCGGACGUUGUGGUCGCACCAAGUACACACAUUUAGUGGAUCAAGAUACCACGAAAUUCGACUCACCUUGGUAUGCUGAGACGGCCAAUAAUCUCAAAUUUCACAGCGAGAGAGGUGGUGGCAUGAAACAGGUCUUCGAUAAGCCCUCACAAUCCAAGCGCAAGAAAAUGGACUAAGACUGCAGCAAUAAAAACAAUUGAUUUCUAGCUAAUAAGUCUUGGUAGCUUGUAAGUAAGAAAAUUAAAAACCUUUUUUAUGUAAAAAAAUGGCUAAUAUUGAAACUACUACUGGCUCUACAAGGAGCACAUGUACUAUGGUAUGACUACCAAUUGACUAGUAGUCUUCAUUUUUUUUUGUUAUGGAUUAAGAAAAUAAACAUUUGUAUUUAUUUUGCAUGGAAAAGCAAAAUGACUACAACACAAACAAA